CGCAGCACCAGAGCAACGCUCGCUCCAAAACAAAAUGAAAUAAAAUAUUCAAAAAAAUAAAGAAAAAAAAUAAAGAAAAAUAAAGAAGGAAACAUGCUGACUCUGUGCAAGAUCCAUACCUUACUGGGUUUUUCCGACCAGUCCACCGAACGCCGGAACCCUCCCUACCGCUGCCGGAAUAUCCCCUCCCCCGACGCCGACGGCCUGCGCCUCCUCGUCGGAGACACCCCCAAGCCGCCGAACAUCGUCGAGUCCUCCGCUGUUGGCCCCGCAGGGAAGCCACCGCAGCGGACCGGCGACCUCGGCGCCCGCGGCCUCCACGAGCUCGACCAUGGAAACCUCCGCCUCUGCACCGAAAACCUCGGCUCCGAGAGCUGCGACGACGGCGGGAUGGGGAUCGACGAGAUCGGGGGGUGGACGCCGGAGGAGGAUGAUCGGAGACUUGAGGCGCGGCCGUGGGGGAGGAGGAGGAGGCCGCGGCGGUGGAGGGCGGAGGCGAAGUUCCCACCGCCGCUGCCGUGGUUGGUGGGGCGGGACGGACGGCGGAGCCGGUUCAUGCGUGUGGUGAGGGAGGAUGGCCGGGUCGUGCUCACGGAGGUCCGGAUCGAGCGGCCGGAGGUGCUCCGUGCAUCCCGCCGCGACGGCCGCCUCCGAUUGGAGCUCGUCGGAGAUCCGAAUCUCCAGGUGAUGAUCUCCAAUCCAGAACAAGAGGAGGAAGAAGAGAUCGAAGAAGAAGUGGCAGCGGAGGAGGAUGACAAAGAGGAGGAGGUGGCGGUGGCGCGGAGGGUGAAGAGCGAGGGAGCGAGGUGCGUGGAAGAGCUGAGCGGUAACGGGGUACCGCCGUUGUGGAGUCACCGCUUCGUGACGACGGCGUAAGCUCAGUGGCACGGUUCUCAAAGGGGCGAAGUAUUCCAUGGUAACGGAUGGUGGCCUUAAAAAAACAAAAAACAGCAAGAAAAGGACGGAUUUACGCGCAGGGGGGAAAUGCGGUGCGAUUUGGAGCUGGUGGGUUCGUUUAUAUCGACCGCGGAGUUUCUGAUCUUUUUAUUUAUUUUAUUUUGUUUGCUUAUUUUAUUUUACUUUUACUUCAUUUUAAAAUGAAAUUAAUAGUUUUAGAUUUUUUUUUGGUGAAAAACAAUGAUGGUAAUGUUUGGCUGGUGAUAGAUGGGUUUCAGUGAUUUAAUUU